UUCUACAUCUGACACAAGGAUCUAUUCAGGGUUUAAACAUUCUGAAAUCCACCUUCCUUCCAUACACAGAAAGAAAGAAAAGGAAAAUGAAGAUGCCUAUUUGUGGUGCAAUAUUUAUUAUCUGUAUGCUUGUCAGAUGCUUAACUGAUGCCUCAGUGAUUCGAGAAGGAGUUCCAUAUGAUGAGUCUCCUGCUUUACCAUACUGGUCAUAUUCAACCAAUGACUUCUGGAGAUACAUUGAGUAUUUCAGGAGCAUUGGAGCUUAUCACCACAUCAAUAACAUGGCCAGGACAUUCUUUGCUCAUCAGCCUUUGGGAGACACUCUUGGCUACGAAGUGCCUGUUGCUGACGAAGAACACUAAGCGGCUGUCCAAACUUGUAUUGAGAGCUAUUCACUUUGACGAUAAUUCAUAGAACAUGUCUAAUAUUCAAUGCAUUUAUAUAAUGGUGUAGUUUAGUUAUAGUGUUUACCAUAUCCCUUAGUCUGUAAUGAUGCUUCCUUUUUGGUUUUAUUCUGUAAUGUGAUCAGUGGUAAUAUUAAACUAAAUUAUGGUUGCACAUUGAA